AUGUCGCCAGCGUCAUCAGCUUCACCGAUUUCUGCUGCUACUGCUUCUGUUAUGAAAGUCAAGAUCCUGACCUCCAAGCAAUGGGUGUUGCCUCCUCGGCCGAAACCUGGCAGAAAACCAUCAUUGGAUACCCCAACCACCAAGAGAAAGGCCCAGAAUAGGGCAGCUCAGAGGGCUUUUAGAGAAAGAAAGGCUAACAAGAUUCAGGAAUUAGAACUUAGUCUAGGGGAGUUGAAAUUGGAGCGUAAUAAUCUAGAAAUCGGCUUGACAAAUCUAAAUAAUGAUCAUAACAUCUUGAACAGUAAAUUCCAGACACUUUUGGUGGAAAACAAAAAUUUGCUGGACAAAGCGAAUCGGAUGUCCAAAAAGCUAAAAUCCAAGCAAUGUCCAACUUGCGACACUAAUGCCAAGUCUCCAAAUAUCGAUCAAUCAGACAUCAUUAGUAAUUUAAGUUCCAAAAUCACGUAUUUGGAAAGAAUUCUCGAUGACAAAAAUAAUGAAAUCAAACGUUUACAAAACUCCAGAGGGUAUGGUAUGCACUCUCCAAAUUUCAUGAAUUCUAAUGCGUCGUUUGUAUUUAAUAACCAAAAUCAUCAUCAGCAUCAGCAUGGAAAUAACUCUAACGCCAGUUCCACAAGUUCUUUACCUACUCCUUCCAGUCACCAUGCUAGUCCAUUUUCCGUGAAUGAUCCCUCUACUUCCACCACUGGGCUCACUGAUGAUAAUGAAAAUGAUGACGAUUGUGGCGCUUGCGAAAAAGACGAUUGUAUAUGUGAAAGUAUUGGAAUAAAGAAGGCCGCAAAUAAUGCCAGUAGCAUAAUUCGUGAACAAAUCAAAUUGGAUCAGAAAGAGGUUGACCAAGCAAUUCAAAACUUUGUGCCGGUGAAUGCCGUACCAUUGAAGAGAAAACUUCCAAGCGAUGGUAAUGAAAUUGACUUCACAAGCCAGUAUAGUAAAAAUUCCAGCAGGAAACAGCAAAAAUUUGCUAGAUUCAUUCAAAAGGCUAAAGAUUCUAAAACCAACAAUAUCAAUAAAGAUAAGAACAUGAACUAUGCGUUAUCAUCUUCAAAUACUACUUCAAAAUCUUCAUCUUCAUCUUCUACCUCUUCCUCUUCCUCGUCGGAUAUUUUUAGCAAUGCCGCACUUUUUAAAUCAAUUGUCUCUAAAGAUAUGGAUUCCAUUGAACCUUGUGGGUUUUGCUCGGACGAUACCCCUUGUGUUUGUAGGGAAGCCCUGAAAGAGGUUAUAAGAUCCAUGGAUGCCAAUUCUUUCCAGCCUCAAAUGUCAAUAGACGGCCAUGAUCAUGAUAAUAGUAAUUACUCCGGGCAUAGUGAGCUGAUUCCAAAGAUAACUCUUCUAGCAAAUCCAACUUCCAAUGUUGGUGGCUUUUCCGAUACUUUGCAACUCCCAAAAGUCAAGGAAUCUUUGAUGGACAGCGUCAACAAAGAGUUUAACAUUUCUAAAAGUAAGGAUGCCGAGAAUGAUUCUGGGAGUGGUAAUGUGGCAGUAAAAUCGGGAUGUACAGGAAAUCCAGGCACUUGUCUUCAGUGUCAGUCGGACCCAUUGUCCACGUUGUUUUGUACUACCAUCGCCUCAAAAGUAUCUGAUGAAAGAUCUCGUCCAAUCUCCAAACCUCAAGCCAAAACACCUCCAAUUAUCCAAGCCCCACCUCCAAAGAUCCGUAGAUCUAAUAGCAGCUCUUUGAUCAAUUUGCCAGUAAUUACAGACGCACCUGUGUCUUCUACUAUUGUUAAUACUAAUUCAUCAUUCAGCACAGCAUCAUCAGUUAAUGCUAAUGGGAAACAGUUAUUCAUUCCUUGUUCUGACGCAUACAAGACGUUGAGUAGACACGAGUCAUUCAAGAAGAUGGACUUCAAUACAAUUGUUGGGAAGUUGACAACUAGAGGAAUGCAAGUUGAAGUACGGUCGGUGGUUAAUGUUUUGAGGGAGUUGGAUAGAAGAUUGUACCAAUAG